UUUGAUUUUAUCACUUUUCACACUUUUCAAGUUUUCAGUUUUCAAUUUUUAAUUUUCUUGAAAUUUUUGAUGAUAGUUCGUGAAAAGUGUUGAUCUUUCAUCAAAAAUAGGUUCAGUAUUCUGUUUAAAAUUGCAACCAUGUAUCGCUUUUCAUAGUUAUAUGAACUUGAACAAUUUUCGUGAAAAUGUAUUCAUCCGGAGCAGUAAAUUUCCCCAUCUCUAUUCCACCACCGAAUUACUGUGCUCCUGCACCUUUAGUACAAGGUAAUAUCCCAUUUCAGCAAUUUGCACCUCCAUUUUAUCCUCCUGCCGCUCCUGCUUACAAUUAUUACCAGAAUACUGCGCCUUACAAUGGCUCGAACCCAGGCGGAAAUAAUCCACCUUUCAUUUCCAAUUACAAUUCAACAACGCAAAUGCCUUUAUUUUCUCAACCGCCUCCUGGAUACUCUCCUAAUGGCAAUCAUAUGGGUCCGAGCCCAAUUCAUAUGGCGAACGUAUGUUCACCGUCUUUUAAUGGAUUUCGAGCGCCGAAUCAAUUCACCAGACCUCCUCCGGCGAUUCCAAUGAGAAAUGAUGUGCAGAAAAAUACUCCAAAUCGUUUCACCAAUAAUUAUGGAAAUAAUCGUCGAGUUUUUGAUGCUAAAAAUUCGCCUUAUUUUUGUGAAGCGUGUGAUAAAGGAUUUGGAUCGAUGGCCAAAUUCACGCAGCAUAAAGCUGAACACGUUACAUGCGGACAAGAAGGAUGUACGUUUUCUGCACAUUCGAAAAUCGUGGAAAAACAUUUCCAAAUGCAACAUCGCAGCGGACUUUUCAAGCGAAUUGUUAAAGGAAACACUCCGGAAGAAAUCCAGAAGUGGAUUAACGAGCGAAAAAGGCAUUUUCCAACUAAAGAAAAAAUAGAAGUGAAAAACGCUCAACGCGAAGAAAUGGCGAAACGAGGUGAACGAUAUGCCGAACAAAAGCGAAAAUUUAAUGAACGAAAUCCGAAUUUUAAACCCGGUUCUAAUGGUCGCUAUGAUAGAAAUGCUCAGCACAGGAAUAACCAAUUUAAAUUUGGAAGGUUUGGUCAACGAAAGAAUUCAUUCAGAAAUAGAAAUGAUAACAGACAUCGCCCGGAGAACAAAAGAAAAGAUCUUACGUUAAACGGAGAUGAAGAUUGCUUUUUACGAAACCUUCCGCCUUUCAAAGGAACUGUUUAUUACCAAAAUAUGGAGAAUAAUUCGUCAAUUGAACCUGAGGAACACAUUAUAACGGACGAUGAUGAUAUUUCCAUCUUAUCUGGAGACGAUGACGUUACAAUCAUUGAUUACAAUAGCGCAGUAGUCAACGAAAAAGUCAUUUACGAGAUUGAAAAAUCUAGCGAAACUUCGAACGUUCAAGGUGAUUCAGAAAAAGACUGUUUGGAUAAGUAUUUUGUAAACUGUGAAACUGUGGAUGAAAACGGUAAAGAACCCAAUAAUUGUGAUGGAGCGGAUAUUAACGAUUCAACAACUGAGACCCCGAAACUGCCGAAUGAUCCUCCGGUGAGCCAAUCAGAUGAAGUGAAACAGUCCAUUCACGACACUACAGUUUCAAAAUCUGUCGGUUCUUUAGCCUUGAUUCAGUGUUACGAUUCGGAUUGUAGUGAAAACGAAGAUAACUCCACUGAGCAAAAUGACUGCGAAGUAAAUUCGUCACCGUUGAGUAAAAUCGUUUCAAAAUCAAAUCAUUUAUCUGAAAAUUGUAAUCUUGUCGAACGUUCAUCGAAAUGUAUUCCUGUUGAAGAAAAUGGUACAAGAAACGACUCAUCAUCGUUGAAGAAAAUGGAAACGAAGAAAACGAAUGAUUCAAGUGAUGAUAGUGAACCUGAUGAAUGUUCGUCAAAACCGGUUCCUUCUGAAGCUGAUACUCGACAUAAUUCAUCACCGGUGAAAACAGUGAAUUCUGAAGAAAAUAACCACACCGAACCGGCUGCGAGUUCUUCAGAAUGUGCUAUCGUCACAGAAGGUGAUAUUUCAUCAAGUAAAGAUGAUGAAACGAAAGGCUGUGAAAGCAAAAGACGUAAACGUAAAAGACGAAGGGACAGUAAAGGUGGAAUUGAAGGCGAAGAAGAAACCGAUAAAAAAACAGAAGAGAAGUUACCUCCGUUGCGUAUUCGCAAGCGAUAUAAACCUCCUACAUUGCUCGAAAAAUUGCUUUCGAGUGAAAUAAAACACGAACGAAAUGUCAUUUUACAAUGUAUAAGACAUGUUGUGAAUAAUAACUAUUUCAACGUUGGAGAAUCUAACUCGUCGUAAUUUUUAUGUAUUGUUUUUUCGUUCAUUUUAUUUUGUUUUCUGUGUCGUUAUUUGUUUGCUUAGGAUUAGGUAUUUCUUUUUUACAUUAAUUUUUGUUAUCAUCGUGUAAACAAUUUUCAAUAAUCUGAAGACGUUCAAAGAUUUA